CUCCCGGACUGCCUCAUAGAGUCUGCCACCAGGCUUCUGACUGCUUAGCAACAUCGCGGAGCAGGUCGUCCUCGAGUCUGCCCUGUCCACUGGUACCUAGCCAUAGCUGGAGUAAGCUGGAAGAAGAGUUGGGAAAUACUACUAGGCGACCUUGCCGCUGUCAGCACCAUGGACAACGCACGCGGGCAGCCCCAGGCGCGUCUGGAUGCUGCUGGCUUCUGGCAGAUCUGGCAGCACUUCGACAAGGAAGAAAAAGGUUACAUCCGAGAGACAGAGCUGGAUGCCUUCUUUGACCAUUUACUGUCAAAAUCUGGCACUGAGGACACUCUUAUGGAAGAAAAUGUGCAGAAAGUGAAGCAACAGUUAAUGUCUGCCCAUGAUGUCUCUAAAGAAGGUCACGUACUGAUGAAAGAGCUUGCCAGUAUGUUCUUAUCUGAGGAUGAAAAUUUCCUCCUGUUCUUUCGCCUGGAAACCCCUUUGGAUAACAGUGUGGAGUUCAUGCAGAUUUGGCGCAAAUAUGAUGCAGACAGCAGUGGCUUCAUAUCAGCUGCUGAGCUUUGUAACUUUCUCCGAGACCUUUUCCUCCAUCACAAAAAGGCCAUUUCAGAGGCUGACCUGGAAGAAUACACCAGCACCAUGAUGAAGAUCUUUGACAAAAACAAAGAUGGCCGUUUGGAUCUUAACGACUUGGCAAGGAUUCUGGCUCUUCAGGAAAACUUCCUUCUCCAAUUUAAAAUGGAUGCUUCUUCUACUGAAGAGAGGAAGAGGGACUUUGAGAAAAUCUUCGCCCAUUAUGAUGUUAGUAAAACUGGAGCCUUGGAAGGCCCAGAAGUGGACGGAUUUGUCAAAGACAUGAUGGAGCUGGUCCAGCCCAGCAUCAGCGGUGUGGAUCUUGAUAAGUUCCGGGAGAUUCUGCUUCGCCACUGUGAUGUGAACAAGGAUGGAAAGAUUCAGAAGUCUGAGCUGGCACUGUGUCUUGGGCUGAAAAUAAACCCCUGAUCCCCGGCUGCUCUGCUCUCUGCUUGUGUGUCUGUGCUCUUGCUGUGGGAAGUACGUUUGUGCUUUGUUCUUGGGGACCCAGUCAGCAAACCUUCUCACUGAUGCUGUGGUACUCUUGGGCAGAGGGAGGGACCCCAGGGUGCUGCUUGUAGAGGCAGCCAUGAUCCUGUACCAUGGGAAUCCCCCAUGUAGCUUCUUCUGUCUCCUCUCCUUGAUCUUGGCCUGUCCCCUCCAGCCUCAGUUUACCUGCUAGUCUUGCUCUGCUCAAUCUUCCCCUUCACCGGGUGAAUAGGGAUAGCCAUCUGCAAUCUGCCAUCUGCUGUUUGUCCUUGAGCUUUCUGCUCAGAGUAUCA